GUGACGUGUUUCCGGCAAACUGUCAAACUCUGGGCUACAUGUCAGUCGACUGGACAGGCUCUGACCAAAAACUAGCGGACGUGCAGCUUACAAAUUCGGCAGAUCCAGGCAGUCCAGAGAAAUGUCUUUUAUAUUUGACUGGAUCUACAAGAGCUUCAGCAGUGUCUUGCAACUAUUAGGGUUGUACAAGAAGAGCGGCAAGCUAGUGUUCCUUGGACUUGACAAUGCUGGAAAAACAACACUUCUGCACAUGCUCAGGGACGACAGGCUGGGACAGCAUGUGCCAACACUGCAUCCAACAUCUGAGGAGCUGACCAUAGCCGGGAUGACCUUCACAACGUUUGACCUCGGCGGUCACACACAAGCACGAAGGAUCUGGAAGAACUACCUCCCAGCCAUAAACGGUAUCGUCUACAUGGUGGACUGUGCUGAUCAUGAGCGACUAACAGAGGCUAAAGUUGAACUGGAUGCCCUGUUGUCAGAUGAAACCAUCUCAAACGUCCCGGUUUUAAUCCUGGGGAAUAAGAUCGACCGUCCAGAAGCCAUCAGCGAGGAUGCUCUCAGAGGAAUGUUUGGUCUUCAUGGACAAACAACUGGAAAGGGCAAAGUGUCACUGAAGGAGGUGAAUUUGAGGCCAAUGGAAGUUUUCAUGUGUAGUGUGCUUAAGAGACAAGGAUAUGGAGACGGAUUUCGCUGGCUCUCCCAGUAUAUUGACUGAUGCGUGUUCUUUAAAUAACCUUGUUUACCAUGCUACCUGCGCACACAGACAUGUUCAACACAACACUACCUGCUGUAGACAAAUAUUUUGAUAAAUAUAUUUUAUUUAGGACUUUGUUUGUGCCUGUAGGAAAUGUGUUUCAAGUAGUGUUUUGUGUCAAUAUACCCUGUAUUCUUUAUGAGUUCAAAGAAAUCUGUAUGUCAUAUCAAUCAUACCACAGAUAGUCAAAGAUUAAGUAAGGAUUUAUCAAUCUGUGUUGUUCAGAUUUAGUGUGGAGAGUAUUCUUCAUGGUGUGGUACUCCUACUUGAAGCCUGUGGAGAAUUCUGUCUGCCAUAUAGAACAUGUCAUCGCUUUGAACCAGUUUCUGACCCUGGUUUAUUUUUAGCGGCUAGUGUAGACUUACAGUGAAGGUCAAUUUGGUCAACAUUUUGUACUGGGAGAUACUCUUCCUUGGUUAACAAUUAUUAUUAUAAUUAUAUCUUUAUAUUUAGCUGACUUUUUUUCAAAAUUGAUUGGAAUCUAGAAGUACUCUAAUAGGUGUUGUCCAAGAAUGGAAUUUGUUUUCUGGAAAGUGCUGCAGAGAUUUGAUGCCAUAGUUCUGAUUAAGAGCAAUGUUAAUAAUGAAGCUUGCUACCUCCAAGGAUACCGACAGUUUUACUAAUAGCAUGUUUUUCAAUCAUUACAGGAUUUACCACUACAUGCCAAUUAUUCGAAUGUGACCACAAGUGCAUUAACUGACAUUUUGCUGUGAGGAACUUUAUCUUCAAUGGUUCAGAAUUGUUUUAAAUAUUUGCAGUAUGUAUUAACUGCAUCAGCACAGCCAGGUGAAACUCAUACUUGGAUGACAAACUACCUGUCUUAUGAAGAGUUAGGUGCUUUGUAACAACUUGAGUACUUUGUGACUAGUAGCUGUUCACAACAUGCAGUAAUACUAUGAGAGUACUUGGGCUGUGAUUGAAAAUAGAGCAUGCAAACAAUAUGCAUGAAAAGACUUAAUGCAAUAUUAUACAUUAUUUUGUAUAUAAGCUCUUAUUUAUAUUUUUCAAUACAAAAAUUGGCUUGCCUGAAGCAAUGUAUCUGUUACAAAAGGUCUUAUUGUUAUUCAUCUUGUGAAGUUUGAGCAUAAUAAAUAUUUCCAACAAUCCUUUAAA